UGGUGGUCCCUGCUCUCUAUUGACUUUAGCAUGUUUGUGUGUUUGUGACAGGAUUUUAACCACACUAGGUUCCCAGUUUGACUUAAGGACGUUACGGGCUGUCAGAGUGCUGAGACCCCUCAAACUGGUGUCUGGAAUCCCAAGUCUUCAAGUAGUAUUAAAGUCCAUUAUGAAGGCCAUGGUUCCCCUUCUUCAGAUUGGACUGCUGCUAUUCUUUGCCAUUGUUAUGUUUGCCAUCAUCGGUGUCGAGUUCUACAUGGGCAAAUUCCACUUCACCUGCUUCAAAGUAGAUACAGGAGAAAAAGUUAGUGAUUACCCAUGUGGAAAGGACCUCCCCGCAAGAAUAUGUCCCAAUGGAACAGUAUGUGGAAACUGGACAGGACCCAACUUCGGCAUCACAAAUUUCGAUAACAUCCUCUUUGCCAUCCUCACAGUCUUCCAGUGCAUCACCAUGGAAGGAUGGACCGAUGUACUAUACCAUGCCAAUGAUGCCUCGGGGAACACCUGGAACUGGCUGUACUUCAUCCCUCUCAUCAUCAUUGGCUCCUUCUUUAUGCUUAACCUUGUCCUGGGAGUCUUAUCAGGGGAGUUUGCCAAAGAAAGAGAGCGAGUGGAGAAGAGGCAGGAAUUCUUGAAGCUUCGCAGACAGCAGCAGAUUGAGAGAGAGCUCACUGGCUACCUGGAAUGGAUAUGCAAAGCAGAGGAGGUGCUGUUGGCAGAAGAGGAUCAGAACGCUGAGGAGAAAUCCCCUCUGGAUGUCCUGAAAAGAACGAAGAGCAGGAAGGGUAGGAAUGACCUCAUCAGUGCUGAAGAGGGAGAGGAACAUUUCACGGACAUCUCCUCUGUUGCGCCACCUGGAUCGGCUUUUGCCCGAGCUAGCCUGAAGAGCGGUAAGAACGAUAGCUCCUCAUAUUUCCGGCGAAAAGAAAAGAGGAUACGCUUUUUCAUUCGGCGGAUGGUGAAGGCACAAAGUUUCUACUGGAUCGUUCUGUGUUUGGUGGGAUUGAACACAAUGUGUGUGGCCAUUGUCCAUUACGACCAGCCAGAGUGGCUCACCAAGGCCCUGUACCUGGCAGAGUUUGUAUUCCUGGGUCUGUUUCUGACAGAGAUGACUCUGAAGAUGUAUGGCCUGGGGCCCAGAAACUACUUUCACUCCUCGUUCAAUUGUUUUGACUUUGGGGUAAUUGUGGGGAGUAUAUUUGAGGUGGUGUGGGCAGCGAUCCAGCCUGGUGCAUCUUUUGGGAUCAGUGUUCUGAGAGCCCUGCGCCUGCUCCGUAUUUUUAAAGUAACCAAGUAUUGGAACUCUUUGCGGAAUCUUGUGGUUUCACUGUUAAACUCCAUGAAGUCCAUCAUUAGCUUGCUCUUCCUCCUCUUCCUCUUCAUCGUAGUAUUUGCCCUGCUAGGCAUGCAACUUUUUGGGGGCCAGUUUAAUUUUGAAGAUGAAACUCCCACUACAAACUUUGACAGCUUCCCUGCAGCCAUAAUGACAGUCUUCCAGAUUUUGACAGGAGAGGACUGGAAUGCAGUGAUGUAUCAUGGAAUAGAGUCCCAGGGUGGCGUCCGGGGUGGAAUGUUCUCCUCGGUCUACUUCAUUGUUCUUACACUGUUUGGAAACUACACACUUCUCAAUGUAUUCUUGGCCAUUGCUGUGGAUAACCUUGCCAAUGCACAGGAGCUGACAAAGGAUGAAGAGGAACAAGAGGAGGCAGCGAAGAAGAGCAUGGCUCUUCAGAAGGCCAUGGAGGUGAAGGAAGUCAGCCCCAUGUCUGCUGCCAACAUCUCAAUAGCAGCUUUUGUAAAGCAAAAUCGAGAUGCAAUCUCUCGCAGGUCUUCAGUCAGCAGCAUUCACUCACCUAAAGAGCAACAGAGGUCACUGCAGAAGUUGUCCAUAUGGGAGCAGCGCACCAACCAGCUGCGUAGACACAAACUGUGCAACAGCAGUGAGGCCCUUUACAAUGAACUAGAGCCUGAAGAGCGUCAACGCGUGUCUUCAGCGCUCCAUCUGCGGCCUGACAUGAAGACCCACCAUGAUCGUCCGCUUGUAGUGGAGCACAGAGACAGCACAGUGGACAAUUCCAGGAGUGACACAGAUGGAGACACUCCAGACGUUCAGCUGUCCUCUAGCCAUCCAAGGAAGCAUCAUCGAUGUCGAGGAGAGAACGGAGAUGCUGGAGAGGGGAGGCACCAUAGACACCACAGCCGAAACAGAGAACAUCAGGACACCCUGGAGCACAGCAGCAAUCAGGAUGGAGGACACAGUAACCACCACACAGCUGGUUCUCCUGAAGAGGGAAUAGGGUUGGAGGAGAGAGAACGCAGACACCACCAUUCUCGCCGAUCCAGAGAGGUCAACGGGAAUGGCAACGGCCCGAUUGGUAAUGGUGGCAGAGGCGAAGCUAGGAUACGAGGUCACAGAGAGGGCGAAGGAGGGAAUGGAGAAAGGAGGAGAACACGGUCACGUGUUAAAGCCCAGUCCACACUGGAUGGAGAAGAAUGCAGGGAGAACGGUGGAAAACACAGGGGCAGACCAACAGGAACAGACAGCCUAGCCACCAGCCCUCUCCAGUCUCCUACUGAAGAGAAGCCAGAAGACAAAGAUAAUCUAAAGAACAGCACCAGAGUGGGCCCAACCGGAGUCAACAUUCCUGUCACCAUAACUGCCCCACCAGGAGAGACUACAGUCAUUCCCAUCUACUUGCUGAACGAGGAAAAGAAGGAUCUUGAUGAGCUAAAUCAGAAUGCACCCAAACACAUUCUGCCAUACAGCUCCAUGUUUGUGUUUGGUCCAACUAACCCAGUGAGACGGUUGUGUCAUUAUGUGGUGAACCUAAGGUACUUUGAGAUGUGUAUCCUCACAGUCAUCACCAUGAGCAGCAUCGCCCUCGCUGCUGAAGACCCUGUGCAGGCCAAUGCCCCGCGCAAUGAUGUGCUGAAAUACCUAGAUUACGUUUUCACUGGUGUGUUCACAUUUGAGAUGGUUAUAAAGAUGAUCGAUCUUGGGUUGCUGUUGCAUCCUGGGUCUUACUUCAGGGAUCCGUGGAACAUACUGGACUUCAUUGUAGUCACCGGUGCUCUGGUGGCCUUCGCCUGCUCGAGCUUCAUGGGAGGAACUAAAGGCAAGGACAUCAACACUAUCAAGUCCCUAAGGGUCCUACGAGUCCUCAGGCCUUUGAAGACCAUUAAACGUUUGCCUAAACUCAAGUCUGUGUUUGACUGCGUGGUGAACUCUCUGAAGAAUGUGCUCAACAUCCUCAUCGUUUACGUCCUCUUCAUGUUCAUCUUUGCGGUUAUUGCUGUGCAGCUCUUCAAGGGGAAGUUUUUUCACUGCACCGAUGAGUCCAAAGCCCUGGAGAAGGACUGCAGGGGUCAGUUCCUGGAGUACGGCAGUGAUGGAGUGGCCAUGACACAGCCACGCGAGUGGAAAAAGUAUGAUUUCCAUUAUGACAACGUCCUGUGGGCCUUUCUGACCCUGUUCACUGUCUCUACAGGAGAGGGCUUACCUAGAGUUCUGAAACACUCUGUUGAUGCCACAUAUGAAGACCAGGGUCCCAGUCCGGGUUACCGCAUGGAAACCUCCAUCUUCUACGUGGUCUACUUCAUUGUCUUCCCCUUCUUCUUUGUCAACAUCUUCGUGGCUUUGAUCAUCAUCACAUUCCAGGAGCAGGGAGAUAAAGCCAUGUCAGAUUGCAGCUUGGAAAAGAACGAGCGAGCUUGUAUCGACUUUGCCAUCAACGCCAAACCUCUGACUCGCUACAUGCCGCAAGACAAGCAGUCUUACCAGUACAAGAUCUGGAAGUUUGUGGUGUCCACUCCAUUUGAGUACUCCAUCCUGACCAUGAUCGCCAUCAACACAACUUUGUCUGUUUGUUCCAUGGUGCUCCUAAACCGUAUGAGGAGAUGUUUGAAGUGGCUGAACAUCAUCUUCACAGCUCUCUUCACGCUGGAGUGCAUUCUCAAGGUCAUCGCCUUCCGGCCUCUCUGGUGA